AUGCUCCUGGAUCAGGAAAAGUGGGCUGAGAAGGAAGAGAAGUUGAGAAAGAAAGUCAAGCAGGUUCUGAAAUGCGAUGUGUCCAAAUCCAACAUCUUGGCCCCUGUGUCUCUGCCCCAGGCCGACUGCCUGCUCUCCACACUGUGCUUGGAAGCUGCCUGCAAAGACCUGAACAGCUAUCGUGCAGCACUGAAGAACAUCAGUUCUCUGUUAAAGCCAGGAGGCCACUUGGUGAUGGUGAUAGUCCUGAAAGAAACCUACUACAUGGUAGGCCAACGCAGGUUCUCCUGCCUCUACCUGGAGCGGGAGUCGGUGGAGGAAGCCCUGAGAGAGGCCGGGUAUGAUGUACAGUGUGUUGAGGUGACUCCAAACCGUUCCCAAAGCACAUUUUCAGAUUUUGAGGCUGUGCUGAGUCUGGUUGCGUGCAAGCGGCCUGCUUAGUCCUGCUGAAAAUGAGCAGGAAAGAGCCUUGGUGCAAGGGAAAGGGCAGGGCUGGCCUUAGGGAAAAAGGCACCUGGGGCAAACUUGUAUUUUGGCUCUGUGAGGGGCAGGGAGUUGUAGGGGGCGUGGAGCACAGGGAGCUGGGGUGGGGGCUUCUCAGAGCCAAACCUGCGCAUGAUUUUGCUUUGGCAUGUGCAUUAAUCAAAGAAUAUAGAAUUGAGAGAUAGGACAUGUGACCCAAGGACCCCUUGACGCCAACUGGCAGAUGGCCCCAGGGUACAUAGGUGUAGAGGGAUCUCCUGGGUUCGUCAAAAGGGAUCAUGUGAGGUCUCUAAUGAAAGCCUGUGUCACACUGGUCGUCAUAAUCAUUGCAAGAUAGAUGUAUGGAAAACAUGUGAAUAGUUAUGGAUCUAUACUAAAAAUUAUGUUCCCUAGGACUGUGAGUUAAGGCAGGCCACCAGGUGAUCCACAUACCUCUGUCAUGCAAGACAGAGAUGCAUAUGUCACUCUGGCUCAUCAUGUGCAAACUGAGCAUUGUGUGGUUCCCAAAGGACACCCAUUUACAGUCUGAGCCAAAUUCUAAUCAAUUGAUUGCAGGGGCUUCAGGAAAAAAUAAGCCAGCAGGGGUUAUCUUGUUUAGGCAUAAGGCAAUGAACUUUUGAAACUAUAUCGGGGGUGCAGAUGAACCUCCAGUUAUUCCUUCAGUCUGUGAGGACUGCCAGCAGGAUUGAUUUGAUGAGAAGGGAUCUCAGCUAAACUGGUUGAAAAUCCUGAGAAAAGGACGUGGGGUAAGCUAUCUCGUAGGAUAUAGCUGAAUGCCUGGUUAGGUGAGUGUCGGCUCUAGAAAGCACGUUAUGAUUUUGUUUGAUAUGUAACCACUGCUUUGCAAUAUCCUCACUUGCUGUCCUUGAA